UCGGAGGCGCUCCUCCGGUCGAGCCAGUGCGCAUCGCAGCAUCGCUUCACAGCCUCGCUUCACGCCGAGCGGACUGUUGCUGCGCCCGGAGGCAUCUGCAGGUAGAAGAAUAAGAAAAAAAUAAAUAAAUAAAAAAGGAGUCGCAGAAGAAGUGGACAGCGACCGUGUGGAGGGACACCUGAGAGAGGAGUGUGAAGGAGAAGGGGGCCGGCCGGACGGGGGAGCGCACCAUGGCCUCAAAGGAGAGCACGGCGGCGGGCUUCGUCAGCGUCAGCAGGGAAAUCACAGAGAGCAUCAGGAAGGUACUGGACAAACAGGCCAUUAAGUUUGUGCGAGCCAUCAAGCAGGAUACCAGGAGCGGGAAGUCAGAAGACCGGAUUCUGGUCCUGGCAACAUGGAGACUGUAUCUCUUUGCUGUCAAAGUGCCCACCAAGGUGGAGGUGACGUUCAAUUUCUUGGAAAUCAGAGCUAUGAACACAUAUCCGGAACACCAGGUCGUCAUCGAUACAGACAAAACGACCUACUCCCUCAGACUGCAGUCCCAGGAUCAGCUGGAUCACAUGGUCAGCCACAUCAACUACGCCCUCUCCAGAGUCUUCAACAACUCAAUUUAUGCUCCACCUAUCUGUCGAGCGGAGGAAGACCUUCCUGAUGGGAGCCACAAGUUUUCGCCGAACUCGGAGACGUCAUUAGAGCCUCAGAAAACCUGCGGAGGUUUUUCAGAGACCUAUGCUGCUCUCUGCGACUACAAUGGAAUCGGCUGCAAAGAAGAGGUGCAAUGGGACGUUGACACGAUCUACCACUCGCAGGACAACAGGGAGUUCAACUUAUUGGAUUUCAGCCACCUUGACAGCAGGGACUUGGCCGUGAUCGUGGCGUCCAUCGCGUACAACACCUGGUUCACCAAGCUGUACUGCAAAGACAUGCGGAUAGGGUCGGAGGUGGUGGACCAGGUCCUGCACACUGUCAGCAAGUCCAACAGCCUGGAGGAGCUCACGCUGGAGAACGCCGGACUCAAAUCGGAUUUUCCGCAGAAGAUGGCGUCGGCGCUGUCUGAGAACCCGGCCUCCGUGAUUCACUCCCUCAACUUGGCUCAUAACACACUCGACAACCAAGGAGUCUCAAACCUGAUUCAACAGGUGUGUCGCCUCAACAAGGGGCUGCGCCUCCUCAAUCUGUCCAAGACCUCCCUCUCCUCCAAAGGUGUGGUUUCACUGUCCCAGGCGCUGUGUUCCAGCGACGACUACUCCAACUCCCUGCUGCACCUGGACCUCAGCAAAAACCCGGGGGUUUUGUCUGGAGACGAUGCCACUAACCUGUACCUGUUCCUGGCUCAGCCCAACUGCCUGGUUCAUCUGGACCUGUCUGGGACCGACUGCACCGUGGACUCGCUGUUCGGGGCCUUGCUGCGAGGCUGCUGCGCUGACCUCUCCUACCUGAACCUUUCCAAGAACUCCUUCUCUCACAGGAAAGCGAGAGACUCUCUGCCAACCUUUCGCCAGUUCUUCAGCUCGGCAUUCAGCCUGACCCACGUCAGCCUGGCCUCGAUGAAAGUCCCCCCGGAUUCACUGAGGGCUCUGUUCCUGGGUUUGUCCAAUAACCCUCAUAUCACUGAUUUACACCUGGACAUCAGCAGCUGCGAGCUCAGGUCGGCGGGCGCCGGGGUGAUUCAGGAGCUGUUUCCUCGAGUUUCGUGCGUGGGGACUCUAGACAUCUCCGAUAAUGGUUUAGACGCCGACCUGCUGGCUGUCAUCCCGGCAUUCUCUCGGCACCCCUCCCUCAAACACCUGAUGCUGGGAAAGAACUUCAACAUCAAGGGCAGGGUGCUGGAUGAAAUUCUGCAGAAACUGGUUCAUUUGGUGCAAGAGGAAGAGUGUGCUCUGCAGUCUCUCUCGCUGGCUGACUCCAGGCUUCGCCAGCGAGGCACCGUUCUGGUCAACGCUCUGGGCUCCAACGCCUGCCUCCGCAAGGUGGACCUGAGCGGGAACCUGCUGGAGGACUCCGGAGCCAAGAUGCUCAGCAAGGCUUUGCAGAUCAACACAACACUCAGGAGCGUGACGUGGGAUCGUAACAACACCACAGCGACCGGCUUCCAAGACGUGGCGCGAGCGCUGGAGCAUAACUUCACGCUGCAGUACAUGCCCGUUCCGUUGAGCGACGUGACGCAGGCGUACCGCAGCGCGCCGGAGAAGACCGACCAGGCCCUGACCAAGAUCCAGCGUGCCCUGCUUAGGAACAACCAGACUCAGCGUUUCUCUCAGAAACAGGCUCUGAGGCUGCACCAAGGCCUCGUCACCAGCACCGCCGAACAGGUGAUGGAGCGGCUGUGCGUGCGGGUGCAGCAGCAGGUCAGCGUCCUGAAGGGCUGCGAGGAGGGAGAGGAAGUCCAGGCGGCCAGGCAAAUCCUCAAAGAAGCCAGGAACUCCAGAGCUCUGUAUCCGUCCCUGUGCGAGUUGGCCCACGUGUUGUCGGUGGACGGCCCCGUCAAGCAGCGCCUGGACACCCUGGCUGGAGAACUCGCCAAGGCGGCCGACAAGGAGCUGCAGGUGGUUGUGGACUCCAUGGUGUCUCUGUGCCGCGAGCUCUGCCCCAUGUCCUGCUCCGCCGCCGAGAGGCUCAGCCCGCCGCUCUCGUCCAUCUCCGAGCAGGUUUCAAUCCCUCGAUCAGCGAUUCGCAGCGCCCUGAUGGAGAGGGCGGCCGAGGACAUCAACAGAGCUCUGGAGGAAGUGAAGCUCUCUGUGGUCUCUUAUCUGACCAACUCCAUCGUGGAUCAGAUUCUGCAGGAGCUCUACACCACGCAUAAAACCCUGCUGCGGCAGGUGUCUCAGGCGAAGCGUUGGGAUGACGUGGGAUCGGGCCGACGCACUAUCAGACAAUCCAGACUCAUGGAGUCUCUGGAAUUCCCCGAUGAGGACUUUGGUGUCAACCUGGGAAUCGACACCAUGGCUAUUAAGAAGCGGAGCUCCAGAACAAGAAGAAUUCGUCCUGUUUCCACCAGACUGAGUUUAGGUGAGGAGCCCAGUUCCUCUCCGACGCCCUCGGCCCCGCCGCACUCGGCCACUCUCACCCACUCGGCAUCAUGGGAGUGUCUGUCCACCCUCCCCACCAACGGCUCGCCCCUGCGCCACGUGACUCACGUCAGGCCACGCCCCCCGCGGAGACACCGAGCGGGGCACCUCCCUCCCGAGUCGCAUUGCUCGGAAAACGGAGGAGUCAGCAUGCUGGAAGACGGACUGCCUGAUUUCUACAGCAAGCGAGUCCUGCCCGACAGUCAGCUGUCCUCCCUCCAUCAGGCCCAGUCUCUCAGGAGGAAGAAAAGACGAAGCGUUUUGUCCAUUUUCUCCGGUUUCCGCAAGAACCGCAACUCCACCAUCUCCAAUCAGGACUCGGACAGCGCCUCGGAAAACGUGUACUCCAUGAUCCAGCACCCCAGGGACGCUGUGAGGCCGGACGGCGCUGUCCCUGGCGCUAACGGGGCCAUGCCUUCACCCCGGCCUCCUCAGGGUGUCCCUGUUCAUGGGAUGAGAGCCGCCAGCCCACCCUGCCUCAUCCAAAGACAGUCCACAGACCUGGUCAGCAUGGUGUACAGCUGCAUCGGGGCAGAAAUCGAAGACUCGGACAGCAGCAGCACCUGUGACAUCAAGGCCACUGACCAAGAUGCUGACAGAUCGAUGACCGUCUCAGACGCCCCGACAGAUACCCGGACGAACGGCCAUGUGGCGUCGUCCAAGCAGCAGACGGACAGACAGAUGGAGACGGUCAGGCAGGAGAGGAUUGUGCCGCUGGCUGACUCACGAUCCGAGAUGGACGAAGACGUGCAGAGCGGCACGGGGGGCCACGUUUCCGCGUGUGGCCCGAGACCGGAGCCGCCCCCACAGAGCAGCAAACCCAGUCUGGCUGCGAUGAGGCAGAGACACCUGCAGGAAAGUUUAGAAGAGGCGGGGAGACAGGAGAGAGAAGACGAACAAAGCGAGAGGAAGCGUGAAGAGAAGCCGAGAGGGCGGGGGCCGGAGGGACAGCGUCCUCUCAUUCCCAAUAAGCCCGUCCUCGACCUGUCAAGAGACAAGACCUCUCCAGAAGAGGCCACGGUUUCCCCAAAAGUCUCUCCUGCCACUCCAGGAGAGGAAGAAGAAGAAGGAGUCGGCGAGCUGGAAGGCAAGGGGGCCGCCGAAAGACGGAGUCCGUCAGCGUGUGCCGAGCCGGGGCCGGAAGCAGCCGAGCCCGUCCUCAUAAAUCACGAUGAGGACGAAGGCCAUAACGGGUUUCCAGCCGCGUCACAUCACACCAGGAAGUCCAGCUCGUUUGACAUAGGCAUGGAACGGGACAGCCCCUACGAUCUGGAGAGGUCUUCAGAUCGCAGAUUCCCUGUGAAAAAGCCCUGUUUUCCCCAGUACAGAAACAGAUCUCUGGACUACCCUGCUGGGACCAGGUGUUUUGAAAACCCCCAGCUCGGGAACAGAGACGCUUUAUGACGCUACCUGCGGACGAGGAGAAGCGCGGUGGGGAAGAACGACUGGAACAUGGACGACUGGAUAGAGACGAGCUUCUAAAAACUGUGUGGAUUUAGCAGAGGACGGUUCAACAGUAGCUUUGUUUUCUUCUGUCAGACCAUGUCAACAUUUGUUGCUGAAAAUGCAUGUACUGUACGCUUUUGGUUUUUAACUGCUUGCACUUAAACUAUCGUUUUUUCUCAGGCACAAAAGAAGCUCUACUUUUCAUACAAACACACAGUAGUUCAGUGUCCCUCCAGUAUGCCCAUGAGCUGUUUUCUGCAUUAGUGGAAGAAAUAUCUAAUAAGUAAACAUGGUCUCCUCCCUGUACUGACAAUCUGUGACUACUAAAAGUGAAUUUGUACUGUAUUUAUUCUAAUGGGAUGUAUAUAGUUAAUAUAAAAAAAAAAACUGCACUAUCCAUUGUGGUAACUCCAACAGUUAACAAUCAUGUUUUGUUUUUGUUUCUUUGUGAUAAUAUAACAUUUGAUAACUGUGUUUGUUAGUAUGCUUUUGGUGUAUGCUGAUGUUGAUGAUUGAGAAACGUGUCACCAUUUAAUUAGCAUUUCCAUCUCUUCAAGAGUAUUUAAGUCAAUCAGUGGAUCCUUUUAAUCUGAUUUUACGGGCCUGGAAAUGAGUAUAUUUUCUAAAAAUGCUUCUAUCAAUCAGAAUAAAUAAAAAUUGACUUUACAAAAUGAA